AUGGGCAUCUCUCACCCUCUCUCUGACGAGUACGACGCCCUCCGCGCCGCCGUCCUCUCGCCGGAGAGGACGCCUCCCUCGUCCCCGCCGCCGCCGCCCCAUCACCACUGCCUGGAGCACGAGGUUUCCAGGAUGGAUACGCUCGCCGGCAUCGCCAUCAAGUACGGCGUCGAGAUAUCGGACAUUAAGAGGGCAAAUGGUCUGGUCACUGAUAGCCAGAUGUUUGCACACAAAACAUUGCUCAUACCUCUACCAGGAAGGCCCAUGCCAGCUGUUGUAAGAUUGAGUGGUUCUGGUCAAAGAAUUAAAAGAGCAUGGGCUCCAAACCAUCAGCAAAACAGAGACACCGUUGAUUCACUAGAUUCAUCAAAUUGUGGUCAGAAGGGGGCGUCGCCUGCAAUGAGUACCUUGCAGAGAUACUAUGGCCUAUCAUCUCAGAAAGGAAGUGCCAUGGAUUGCAGCACUGAAAUGUCUGUGUACCGUAAGGGUGGUUUCCAGAGUAAUCUCAGUGAAACAUUGCUGAGUUCUUCUGCAGCUCCAGGCACAAAUGGUAUGGAUGGAAGCUGGGAGUAUGAAGAGUCAGUUAACAGGUUUUCAUCAGCGAACGGUGCCAAUGGGAACAAGAGCAACGGGGUACCCAAACCCAGGCAAGAUGCUUCUAUGCGUCGUCGGCAGAAAGCGGAAGCAGAAUCUAACACAACUGAUACCCAGGAUGAUUUUCUAGCAGACCCAAUUAAGGCAAUUAAGUGUUUGUUGCCCCGGCCAAUAUCUAGUAUCCGUCUAAACAUGGAUACAGGCAGCCCAGAUUCCAGCCAGAAGAGCAGCAUUUCGUUUCUUAAUUUUAAUGGGUUCAAAUCUGUGAGGAAGUCGCCAAGCGCACCCAGCUUUGCAGAUGCAGAAAAUGGGGUGUCUAGCUCGACAUGGACCUUCAAGCAUGAGUCCUUCACCCGGCCGUUACUCGAUGGCCUGCCAAAACCGGUGUCUGGUCGGAGGAUGAAAACUGCCUUGGACUGAACGACUUAAGGUCAGCAAUGCUGCGGAUUUUUCUGGCAUGGUUACUAGACUACAGUGGAUCAACAAUUGGAAGAGGAGGUGACUUGGUAGAGCAUGUGUCUUCCGUGCCAGUGGUCUGUGCUCGUUUUGGGAGGAUGGUCACAGUGCAGAUUAUGGGAUCUGAGUUGCAGUUGCCUUGUGUUCCUUGCUGCUGUUUACCACUCUUUGCCUCUCCGUUGGAUAAAAUUGUCCAGCGCAUUACUGGAUCAUCAUCUAUCAGUGCCAUGGAAGCGAUGUGAUGGCUCUAGUAUGUAUGAGGAUGAUCCAUCCAUCAUCUUCUUGUAGUAUGUACCUUGGUCUGUAGCUUGGAACCUGCGUGUAUGAUGCUGUGUUGGUGGAAUCAAUAGAUAGAUUGAUGAUUCUGUUUUCAGUACUACCUAUGUGUGCUGUUUCUUUAGUA